AGCACGUGACCUGCAUCCCGGAAGCAGCACACUUCUGAUUUCAUGUCCAGGCUGCUGUUUGUUUGGUGUUUUGGAGUUUUGGAUAAAGACGAUGCUUCCAGCUGCUGCAGCUUUUCAUUUCCCCUGGGAAAUAAGCACCGGGUCGGUCCAGGAAGGAAAAUCAGUGAGGACGUUCGGCAGACUUGUCUGCUAUCAGCCUGAGGAGUCCAGAGCAACGCUGUCAGCUCAACACGCUUCCAAAGAGCACCAUGUGGUCGUCCACACAAUGUUUGUGGAGCCCUUCAACCCAAUAAUUGGAGCCCAGUACAUAGCUCUGGGUGAAACAGAACAUUCUGAGGGGGUUGGCCACAUGGUCCGUGCCCGUGUGCUGAACUGUGUUGAUGGUGUGAACAUAGCACUGCUGCAGAAAGCCAUCAAUGAGCAAAGGAGCUUCUUAAGGGAGAGAGAGUGUGAGCAGGGUAAAGCAGAUGCAACCUGAUCCAGGUCUUCAGUCUGAAAGUUUCCCAGGGUGCUUGUUGAUCGCCAGGCCCACGGCUGUCAUAGAAGCUCCGUUGAAAUUCAUGACUGAUUUGUUUAUGUGUAAAAGACCUGGGUUUACUUUUUGUCAGUUAAUAUGAACACCUUGUUUAUGUCGGACCAUAACAGAUGUCUGCUCCUUCUCAGGAUGAAAACCGCAAAUUGAUAGUUCUAUAAUAGGAUUUACAGUUAAAUCUGGUCAAAGAAGAACCAAACUAAUAUUUUUUAUCUGUACUUUAAAAGUAUUUUGCAUAUUACUAAUGUGUCUGUCUUUAGACUUAAUUAGUAAUAUAUUUUUGUAUAAUACAAAUUUUUCAGUGCUUCAAUUUUUUUAUGGUGUAUUGUACCAGUCAAAAAAUAUGGACUGUGAGAUCUGUCUUACUGUUAGAUCAUGUAAUAAAGAUAAAAAUCUAAACUUU